CGUCUCUUGAGGCUUCGAGGACUUCGUUAGCAUCGAGCGCGGCAAUUGCUGCGCUCCAAACCAUCGCUCGUCUAGCAUCGCGAGUUAUCGUCGUUGGUGCCGUCGGCUCACGUCGUCUCACGUCGCCGACGCCGUAGCCCAAUUAGGAGGGGCAACCGACGUAUUCAAGCCGCAUACACCUACUCAAUCUGCCUUUCCUUUAUUCCAUAUCGUGACAGUAUACUCUAGAUCCGUCCCCUGUUAAACCCGGUCGCGAUGGCCUCGGCUCACUCUAACGUCCUACACAACUUCAUACUCACGCCUCAGCAGCAGAACCUGCUCUUCCGCGCGCUGACUUCAAACCAAGCGAGCAGCAGCAGUAGCAACGCAAGCAGCGCGCUCUCGCCCGAUACCUUGGCCAAAUCUCCGACUCGGAACCAGAAGAGCCCAGCUGGUUUUGACGCCACCAACACUAUGCCCAACGGCGUCGCUAAUGGGAUCCAUCACGGCCUUCAAGAAAGCCCAUUCCUAGACUACGACUACGAUCUCGGGCCCGAUACCGGUUUUGACUUUGACUUCAGCAGUGACGGGCAUGCCAAGAUGAUUGGAGACCUCCCAAGCGGGUCGCCGACAAAGGAAAACUCGAAGGCCAGCUCUCCUGAUAACGAGAGCCCGGACAAGCGAAGUCACCCGGACGACGAAGAGGAAGAAGACGUAGAGGAAGGCGGGGGCAAGCGCAGAGAGAGCGAAGGAAAAGUCCCCAAGAAGCCUGGUCGCAAGCCACUUACGAACGAACCCAGUUCGAAAAGGAAGGCCCAAAACCGCGCCGCGCAGCGCGCAUUCCGAGAGCGCAAGGAGAAGCACCUGAAGGAUCUCGAGACGAAGGUGGAAGAGCUCGAGAAGGCGUCCACGGCGACAAACAACGAGAACACUCAGUUGCGCGCACAGAUCGAGAAGCUGACGAUGGAAUUGAGCGAGUAUAAGAAUAAGCUGACGCUUGUGAACACCGUCCGCUCGCCGCCCGGAAGUGCACGACAAGCCCAAGGGUUCGGUCUCGCCGCCAUACAGAAUCUCAACGAUGUCAACUUUCAGUUUGAGUUCCCCAAGUUCGGUGUCCUUCCUGGCCCGAAUACGGGUAUGAAUGGGAACAAGCAAUCAUCGUACCAAUCUUCUGCGUCGGGUGGCAGCCCCAACGGCCAUGCAAGCCCACCGGAAAAGCCGAAGGAUCAGGCCACCCCCAAUUCGACCAAGAGCCGGGAAAACUCGGAUACGCAAUCGAAGGAUGCUUCGGCGAAGUCGUCAUCUCCGUACGGGAGCACAUAUGGCGGGAGCGUGUCGAGGUCAAGCUUAGACUCGGGCCAUUACAGCCUGAACGGGACCAACACCGGCUCUCCUUGUUCGUCGACGGCCAACUCCAACAUGGGGCCGAGUUCUUCUUGCGGCACAUCCCCCGAACCGCUUACCCAGUCGCCGCUAGGUUUCAAACCUGUAGAUACCAUGACCACGAUCGGCGAGGAACAUCCGGCGCUAAUCGGCGAUUCUAUAAACCACUUGGGUAACCUAGGCAACAUAGACUUCUCCAACUUCGACUGGCUAUCGCAUCAGAGCAACGGGCAGUUUGACCCGCAACUAUUUGGCGAAUAUCGGGAGCCGCAGGACAACAUCUUGGCGAGCGCGACGUUCGACGACAGCUUUUUUAACGAUGCCUUCGAUGUCGACUUCACCACGCCGUACAAUAUAGGGACGGCAACGGCAACGGCACCGGCACCAAGCCCCCGCCCACCCAAGAAGAACCUGAUCGCCGAAAUCGACGCCCGCAAGGAGUCGGAAGACACUAUAAUCACCACCAAUAAUGGCAAGCUCCUUACCUGCAACAAUAUCUGGGAGAAAUUGCAAGCCUGCCCCAGAGUGCAGUCCGGCGACCUCGACCUCGACGGGCUUUGCUCCGACCUCCAGAAGAAGGCCAAGUGCGGAGGCUCGGGAGCGGUCGUCGACGAGCAGGACUUCAAGGCGGUCAUGACCAAGUACCUGGGACCUUCGGCCGGGGAAUGCUCGACAGGCCCCAACUAAAUCUACCUAGCCUCUCUCCCCUCUCCCUCUCAGCCUCCCCACCCUCUCGUUUUCCCACCCAUCGCUCUUUUCUCUUUUUUUUUUCCCCUUCCCGUUCUCGGCCUUUUUCUUGCUUUUUCUGGGUGGAAUUUGGAAGAGAUUAUCGAUACGCAACAUACCCAGACCGACCAACCGGUUUCAUCAGGACAGACAUGGCGGGGGAAGGGCGUAAACGGGCAUUAGACAAGAAUCGCCUCAGCCA